UUGUUACGAUUUCUAAACAAGAAAAUAACAUUUUUGUGACCCACCGUAGAGAGAUAUUAAACAACUUCGAUCAGGAAUGGAUAUACUGAAGGCAGAAAUUGCUAAGAAAAGAAAGCUGCUGGAAGAUAAAAAGCUUGUGGACGAGAAUAAGAAAUAUUUCAAGCGUGGUGAACUGCUGGCACAAGAAGAGGUUGAAUAUCUUGAAAAAAGUGGAUUGAACAAAUUUGAUGGUGCUACUAGCAACGGUUCAGCGGAAAAAGAUGGACAAUCCACCUUGGGUGUAGAUCCAAAAUAUGACUUCAAAAAGUUACCACGGUCGGAAGUGGUCCGGAAGCUGCGAGAGCGCGGUGAACCCAUCUUGCUGUUUGGCGAAACGGAGAAGGAAUCGUGCCAUCGGUUACACCAGCUGGAAAUAUCGACACCGGAAAUUAAUCGAGGCUUCCGGAACGACUUUCAGGAAGCGAUGGAACAGGUCGAUGAAGAGUAUCUCAAUGAAAUUCUUACCUCGAAUGGGCAAGGACCAGGCAUGGGAAAGGCGAAAAAUUCCAACGAAGACUAUGCCAUAGAGGAGAGCGUUACUUACGAAUCGAUACAGGAAAUGGCAGUUCGGUUAGGGCGCAGCGGAAAGGAUCACGACUGUCACGUAAUAAUGACACUGAUCCAGUUCUUGCUCAAAAUGUGGAACGAUCAGCUGAGCUCGGCAACGGCUGCCGAGCGUAUGGCUACCAAAGGUAAAAUAGCACGGGCUACCUUCGAACAGACGCGGCUAUACCUGAAGCCGUUGCUACGCAAGCUAAAGAACAAAACGAUCCCGGAGGAUAUUCUCGACAGCCUGACGGACAUUACCAAGAGUUUGCUGAAGCGGGACUAUAUCCAUGCAAGCGAUGCGUAUCUGACCAUGGCCAUUGGAAAUGCACCGUGGCCUAUCGGUGUAACUAUGGUAGGUAUUCAUGCACGUACGGGGCGUGAAAAGAUUUUCUCAAAAAAUGUAGCUCACGUUAUGAACGACGAGACGCAAAGAAAGUACAUUCAAGGGUUAAAGCGACUGAUGACUAAAAUGCAGGAAUACUUCCCAACCGACCCCUCACGGUGCGUAGAGUACGUUAGUAAAAAAGAUAGACAAGAUUAAGUGUAAAUUAA